GCCAUGCCUGCAAAAUCAGUUUCAUUUCUAAAAGCUGUGUGCUUAAAAAAACUCAACCCUGGAAAUGAGUCAAGAGGAGAACGCAACCACUGAAAAAUUUGUGUUCUAUGAGUUCGCAUGGCCACUUUUGGCAGCCGUUUUCGAGUUGAACCUCUACAGAAUCAUCCUUGAGCUCUUGGCCCACAUCCUGCUGAUCGUAAUAGCCGUGGUGGUGGUCAGGAAGACCUCGGGAAUGGAUGACCACCGCAGCGGCCAGCACGCCCUGUACUCCGUUUUGGGACUGUUCCUGUGCGUGGGUGAAUCUCUGAUGGUGUGCCACUCCUGGUGGUUAGGAGACUUCAUAUCCGAAAACCGGCUCAACCUUCUGCACAUGGUAUUGGGAAUAGUGGGACUUUGGCUGGGACUGGUGGGGAUUUUCUCGAAGAGCAUCUCCAAGAGCAAGACACAUGAGACGCACUUUGUUUCCAAACAUGGAUUGUGUGGCCUGUUGGGAUUCCUGCUAAUCGCUGGGGCCGUGGCCAGUGGGUUCGCCAUGGUGUGCUUCACCCACCUGGCUUUGCACGUCACCCAUCGACUCAUGGGCUUGUGUGGCUUCGUGCUCCUCUCGUGCAGCCAGUGGUUCGCCCUCAAUCUGGGAUUCGCACGAAAGGAGUGGAGCACCUGGAAAAUUAAGUGGCUCAAGAUCUCCACGCUGGGCGCCACCAUUUCAGUGGUUGGCUACGAGUUCCUCUGCCUCUGUGGAGACAUUGUCCAUUUCCUACCCAAAAACUGGUUCCAAGCCAUCGGACUGAAAGUUGAUUAAAUUUUAUGACCAAGCCUUGUGAAUAACUAUUAAAUUGCAAAGCAAUUGAAUUGAAUAUAAUAGAGUAAUUCACACAAAAUUCACAUUUAUAAGAAUCCUAUUCAGCAUAACAGAAAAUAUUAGGAUGAUCAAACGAAGCUUGUUAAUCAAUUCCGAAAGAAACAUUAGCAUACUUUCUGACUUUCAACUGAGAAAUUCCUUGGGAAAAGCACUUUAAUAACUGUGAUUGCUAUAUGGUCAUAUUGCAUUGUACCUAAGAGUUUAAAUAUGUUUGAACAUUGUUAAAUACAAAAUAAUAAAUUCCGUGUCAGAAAUCUCAGAUCUAUUGCAAGACUA